AUGGCCGAAAACAACGACGCGCAGCAUGAGCACACCUUUGAGUCCGCCGAUGCCGGUGCUUCGGCUACCUACCCCAUGCAAUGUUCCGCCUUGAGAAAGAACGGUUUCGUUGUUAUUAAGGGACGCCCAUGCAAGAUUGUCGAAAUGUCCACCUCCAAGACCGGAAAGCACGGCCACGCAAAGGUCCACUUGGUCGCUAUUGACAUCUUCACCGGCAAGAAGUUGGAAGAUCUUUCGCCAUCCACCCACAACAUGGAGGUCCCGAACGUCAUCCGCCGUGAAUACCAGCUGCUCGACAUCACUGAUGAUGGUUUCUUGUCCCUCAUGUCUGACGACGGAUCCACCAAGGACGAUGUUAAGCUGCCCGAUGGUGAAGUUGGUGAGAAGAUCGAGAAGCUCUUCCGUACCGAAGAGAAGGAUACCAACGUCAUCGUCUUGACUGCCAUGGGUGAAGAAACUGCCAUCGAUGCUAAGGAAGCCCCUAAAUAA